AUGAGAAACAGUCGGGAUAAAAUUUCGAAGCCAAGUGAUCCCACAAUGAAUCCAUCCAGCCCAUACUUCCUGCAUCACACAGACACAAGGCUUAAACUUGUGUCUACUAUAUUUUCAGGGGUGGGUUUUAAAAGCUGGAAGAGGGCGAUUUCCAUUGGGUUAUCAGGAAAAAACAAAAUGGGAUUCAUGGAUGGUACGAUUAAAAGAUUAACAACAAGUAGUGCUUAUGGAAGGGCAUGGGAUAAGGUGAAUAAUGUGGUCUUAGGGUGGCUUCUUAAUGCUGUAGAUGAAAGGAUUUAUCAAAGUGUGUUGUGGUUUAAGACUACAAAGGAGGUUUGGGACAAUCUUGAACAACGUUUUGGCCAAUCUUCCUCAGCCCAAUUAGUCACUGUUUAUGAGGCUAUUAACAAAGCAGCACAAACACCCAACAUGUCCAUUGAGGAGUUUUUUACAAAAAUGAAGAGUUUGUGGGACGAAGUAGAUGCUGUAGAUCCUGUUGCUGUUUGUUCAUGGACUGGAUGCACAUGUGAACUUUCACAAAAGACAUUAAAAAGUCAGCAAGGGAGAAGGCUCAUUCAAUUCUUGAUGAAGCUAGAUGCAAAGUAUCAACAUAGUAGAAGCAACAUUCUCAUGAUGAAGGAAAUGCCCACAAUUAUGAAGGUCAUAGAAUCCUUACUCAAGAACAAAUCAUCAAGAAAUCAAUAG